UUUCAAAGAGGCAUAAGGCAUCCACCCCUUCUUCACUUUCGCUCGUGCGAAUGUAAGUCUCGACGCCGGCUUGAAUGUCUCCUCGCAGUCGCACUCCCAAAAUACUCCGGCAUCGACGCUUGUGGUCACGCUGCAGGGCCCUCAUUUCCUGCAAGUAGCGUGCCCUCGAUGUGGAACCACUCCUCGCCGCGAAGGCGAGCGGCGGCGUGUGUGGGGAUGGCGAGGCGGCGCUACUCGAGGGUGUCGCCGCCGCAGGCGACGGUGGUAAGGUUGAAGAACCACAUAGCGAGCGUGGGUGAUGGCGGGCCGCAGGAGGGCCCGAAGCCACGUCAGCUGCUGUCGCUUCCCCCUUUCCCUUCUCACCCUCUGCCUGCGUUUUCUUUCAAUGAAGCCGCUUCUUCUUCUUCUUCAUCCCGAGUGACUGCAAUCAGCUGGGUCAAGAAUUACUUCCAUGGCGCUCACAACUCCGUCGUUCAAUCUCAUUUCAACAAGGGCCUUGUUCAGAUGGAAUGCGCCAACUCGGAUGACUCUUGCCUGGGACAGCAAGGACAAAGAAAAUCUUUGAGAAAGAUCAAGCCAAAUGAAGUGAUGGAAGCAGGGGACAGAUUGUAUAUACCGGUAUCAGUCGCCGAAUCAAGGAUCUCCAAGCGGUUCGACACUAUACCUAGUGGGACUCUCUAUCCCAAUGCUGAUGAGAUAGAGUACUUGCAGAGGCUGGUCAUGUACAAGGACUCUGCGGUUAUUGUGCUUAAUAAGCCCCCAAAAUUGCCAGUCAAGGGGAAUUUGCCAGUUCAUAACAGUAUGGAUGCUUUGGCAGCGGCAGCUUUGUCUUAUGACUAUGACGAGGGUCCUAAAUUGGUGCAUCGCCUUGACAGAGAGAGCAGUGGCCUUCUCUUGAUGGGAAGAACAAAGGAAAGUGUGGCUCAUCUUCAAUGGCUGUUUAGCGACAUAAACAAAACAGAUUCCUCUUCUAAGGCUUGGAAUGAUGCAUGUAAAGCAACUUAUCAAAGAUAUUGGGCGCUUGUCAUAGGCUCACCUAAGGAAAAAGAAGGUCUAAUUUGUGCUCCCCUUUCAAAGGUGCUUCUUGAUGAUGGCAAAACCGAGAGAGUUAUUUUGGCUCGUAACUCAGGCUUAGAAGCUUUUCAAGAAGCUGUGACCGAAUACAGGGUAUUGGGUCCUACAGUAAAUGGAUGUUCUUGGAUAGAAUUGCGUCCUCAUACGAGCCGCAAGCAUCAGGUUCGCGUUCACUGUGCUGAAGCACUCGGCACUCCGAUAGUGGGUGACUACAAGUAUGGUUGGUUUGUGCACCAGAGAUGGAAGCAAAUGCCCAGAGUCGAUAUCGAGCCUACUACUGGGAAACCAUACAAGUUGCGGAGGCCUGAAGGGCUGGACGUUCAGAAGGGAAGCGUUCUGUCGAAAGUUCCCUUGCUGCAUCUGCACUGCAGAGAGCUCGUACUUCCCAACAUAGCCAAGUGCCAGGAGUUUCUGGAUCAGAAGUCAGAAGCCGCCCCCCUUCCUGUGCUCAGCUCCAAGUCCCAUAUGCUGCGAUUCGUGGCGCCAAUGCCUUCGCACAUGAAAAUCAGUUGGAACCUCAUGUCCUCUUAUCUAGUAUGAGGAAGCGCUAGGAUACUGAUCCGGCGUAUGGACACGACGCAAGCUUGGUGCAAGCUUUGUCUGCUCUCCUAGCACCACCUGUAAAAUAAGCCGGCAUUCCUGACUGCUUGGUGCAAUAGAAAUGCAUGAAUCGCCGGUAUCCGUUCGUUUCGAGUUUUGGUCAUUUUAGAAUGGGCUUGAUGAGCACUGCAUGGCAUUUCAAAAAGCAGGAAAAGGAGUGCGCUUUCUCUUGUCAGCAACCCGAAAAACUGAUGAUGUGCAUGUAGGAACGGAAAAAUGCUAGUCUUGAUGGAUGGCGAUCCUUCACGAUCGAGCUCGAUGAAGUGAAACCAUACAUAUAAUAACCCUAGCUUCAUAUAGCGUGACAACAUAGGAAUUUGUUCUCGUA